GUCUGCGGGGACGAGCUUCCCUCCGGCUGUGCAGCACGCGGGGGACUCUGCGGGGCAUCAACAAGCGUGUCAUAGACCGCAUCAUCCGGGUGGACCAUGCCGGGGAGUACGGGGCGAACCGCAUUUACGCGGGGCAGAUGGCCGUGCUGGGCAGGUCGAGCGUGGGGCCGAUUAUCCAGGAAAUGUGGAAUCAAGAAAAAGACCACCUGAAAAAGUUCAAUGAACUCAUGGUUGCAUACAGAGUUCGACCUACUGCUUUAUUGCCUUUCUGGAAUGUAGCAGGUUUUGUUUUAGGGGCUGGAAGUGCUUUACUUGGAAAGAAAGGUGCAAUGGCUUGCACAGUGGCAGUGGAAGAGAGUAUAUCAGACCACUACAACAACCAGAUCCGAACUCUUAUGGAAGAAGAUCCAGAAAAAUACAAAGAACUAUUGCAGGUAAUAAAGCAAUUCCGGGAUGAUGAACGGGAGCACCAUGACAUUGGGCUUGAGCACGAUGCAGAAGCUACACCAGGCUACUCUGUUUUGAAGACAGCUAUACAACUUGGAUGCAAAGCUGCAAUAUUUUUAUCAGAAAGAAUUUAGUGAUAUUUUCCACACUGGUUGUGGCAGUAAACUGUGACACAAAAG